AUGCUCCUGUUCAACACUAGUACACCCAAUGCUCUCGACACAACAGGAUUAUGUUUACUAUCGCUAGAUGGUGGCGGUGUGCGAGGGCUUUCAAGCCUCUAUAUUUUGAAGCAUCUCAUGACUCAAUUGAGCCGUGAAAGACCGGAGCUCGGGCAGGUCAAGCCUUGCGAGAUAUUCGACCUCAUCGGUGGCACGAGUACCGGAGGCCUUAUUGCAAUCAUGCUUGGCCGCCUGGAGAUGAGCGUCGACGAGUGUAUCGAUAGGUACAUCAAGUUGAUCAGUACAGUUUUCGAGAAGAAAUCUCGCUGGCCUGCAAUAUCAGGUCGCGAUUUGACGCAACGAAGCUAG